AGCUGUGCAUUAGCAUGUCCACCCACACUGGGAAUAACCGCUAUGAAAGAGACGCUGAAUACCCUGACUAUUCAGGAUCUCGGAUCAGGUCAUGGGACUAUUUGAAAGCUCAGGAUUAUCAAGAUUUUCCAAGUCCUCUGGACUAUCCAGGCCACCAUAGCAGCAGAAGCAAUCCACAUUCUGCAGGCUCCAGACCAAAUACAGACUACCCUGGCGUUCUAGCAGAACCAGAUUAUCUAAGUAACCCGGACUACCCUGGCUCCAGAGAUAACCCCUAUUCUGAAGAUUCCAGAGCAGGUCUAGACUACCACACCUCUUCCCCGGAGCCAGACUACACUGAUCUCCAGAGCAAUGGAUACCGCUCUGCUCAACGGUCUCCUGGCUUUGCAGGUUAUCUGGGAUUGUUGGAAGAACCAGACUACCCAGGAGCUCAGCAAAGUGCUGACCAACCUGGUUCCAGAAUCCAUUCCAACCAUCCAGGCUCCAGAAGCAAUGCAGACCAUACUGCUUCCAGAAUCAAUGCAUUCACAGCUUCUCUGGGGGCGCCUGAUUAUCCCGGUGCUCCGAAUCAACCAAACUCCCCCCACUUCUUUGGAAAACCAGAUUAUCCUGGUGCUGAGGAUUCUUGGAAUUCUCCAGACUUUUGGGGGGAACCUGAUUACCCAGGUGCUGAGGAUGGUCAUGGAUAUGGCUCUUCCCAGAUGCCAGAAAUGACCAGGCAGGGUAAUGGCCUCCUGAGCAUGCUUGGGAGAGAGAAUGAAGGUUACUCUGAGAGCUUUGAACUGACACCCAUAGAGACUGCACAUCCACGUGGCCACUCUCACCCAGGGAUUCCUGGAAAUGGGUAUGUGAACCCCGCAUACAUGGGAGAACUCAGCCCUGUCCAUGCCUACGGGAGCCCGCUGCUGUCAGAAUGUGACUGGCACAAGACACCCCAAGGACAAAAGUUAAUAUCAUCCCUGGUUCCUAUGACCUCUAGAGACAGAAUCAAAACCAUCAGGAGCCAGCCACGGACCAUGGAAGAGAAAAGGAAGCUGAGGAAAAUAGUUGACAAGGAAAAAAGUAAGCAGUCACAUCGUACCUUUGAGAACAACUUCUGCACUCAGUGUCUGAACUCCCUUUCACUGGCUUACCGCAGAUCCAAGAACAGCCUUUCUGAGCUCCUCAAUUCCAUCAGCUUGUGGCAAAAGACCCUCAAGAUCAUUGGCGGCAAGUUCGGAACCAGCGUACUGUCCUACUUCAACUUUCUGAGAUGGCUUUUGAAGUUCAACAUUUUUGCCUUCGUCGUGAAUUUCAGCUUCAUUGUAAUCCCCCAGUUUACCGUGGCUGAAAGGAACACUCUCCAGUUCACUGGGUUGGAGUUUUUCACAGGAGCAGGUUAUUUCAGGGACACAGUGAUGUACUACGGGUUUUAUACCAAUUCCACGCUGCGGCCCAGGGCCAGAAGGGUGUACUAUAACAUGCAGCUGGCUUACCUCUUCACCAUCGGAGCUUGCUUCAUCAUCUGCUUUUUCAGCCUGCUCUUCAGCAUGGCCAAGUACUUCCGGAACAACUUCAUUAACCCCCACAUUUACUCCAGAGGGAUCGCCAAGCUUAUCUUCUGCUGGGACUUCACUGUCACUAACGAGAAAGCCGUGAAGCUGAAACAGAAGAAUCUUAGCACAGAGAUAAGGGAGAACUUGUCUGAAAUCCUUCAGGAGAACGUCAGGCUCACAGUCCACCAGCGGCUUGGCCGCCUCUCGGCUCACGUGGCCGCCUGGCUUGUCUCCACCGGAGUGGCCGCUGCUUGCUGUGCAGCUGUGUUCUUCCUGGCUGAGUACAACUCUGAGUUCCUGAAGACACACCCAAACCCCGGGGCGGUGCUGCUACAGCCUUUCAUUGUGUCCUGCAUUAACCUGGUGGUACCACGCUUCUACUCCAUGUUCCGACUGGUGGAGAGGUACGAGAUGCCAAGACAUGAAGUCUAUGUCCUCCUCAUCCGAAACAUCUUGCUAAAAAUAUCCGUCAUUGGAAUUCUUUGUUACUAUUGGAUCAACAUCGUGGCUGUGUCUGAUGAUGAGUGCUGGGAGACUUUCAUUGGCCAGGACAUCUACCGGCUCCUUCUCAUGGACUUCGUCUUCUCCUUGGCUGAUUCCUUACUGGGGGAGUUCCUCAGGAGGUUCAUUGGGAUGAAAUUCAUCACAAGUCUUGGCUUACAGGAGUUUGACAUUGCCAGGAAUGUUCUAGAACUGAUCUACUCACAAACUCUGGCAUGGCUCGGAAUUUUCUUCUGCCCUCUGCUGCCCUUUAUCCAGAUGAUUACUCUCUUCAUCAUGUUUUACGUCAAAAAUAUCAGCCUGAUGAUGAACUUCCAGCCUCCAAGCAAAGCCUGGCGGGCCUCACAGAUGAUAACGUUGUUCAUCUUCUUGCUUUUCUUCCCGUCCUUCACUGGAGUGUUGUGCACCUUGGCUAUCACCAUCUGGAGAUUGAAACCUUCAGCCACCUGUGGCCCCUUUCGUGGUCUGCCUUCCUUCAUUCAAUCCAUCUACAGCUGGAUCGACACCCUGAAUAGAAGGCCUGGCUACCUGUGGGUGGUGUGGAUCUAUCAGAACCUCAUUGAAAGCGUACACUUCUUUUUCAUCCUCACCCUCAUUGUGCUAAUCAUCACUUAUCUUUACUGGCAGAUCACAGAGGGCAGGAAGAUUAUGAUCCGGCUACUCCAUGAACAGAUUAUUAAUGAGGGCAAAGAUAAGAUGUUCCUGAUAGAAAAGCUGACCAAGCUUCAGGAUAUGGAGAAGAGAGCAAAUCCCAGUGCACUUACACUGGAAAGGAGAGAGGUGGAGCCACAAAGCGGUUUACAUCUGGGGGAACAAAAUGCUGCCCCUGACCUGCGAUUUAGGCGACCAGUGCAAGAGGAGAACCCAAAUGCAUGAUGAUCAUGUUGCAACCAGAUGCCAACCAAACACAGAAAGAAGAUUAAAAAUGGCACCAUCUGUAUGACAUCCGGGC